UGAAAGGCCUGCAAAACAUGCUGGGUUUCCCAUGGCGCUUCCAUGGCACCCCCCUUCCGGCAGCUGCUGUUCUAUGUCGCAGCGGCGAACGCUCAGGCUGAAUCUUUCCGCCUUCAACUGCAAAGGCAAAGGCUUGUCAAUGCGAGCCCAGCAAAGACAUGGUCACUCACUCAAGGUUCCGGUUGGGGAAACAGCUGGCCAUGGCAAGUUCCAUGGCUCCCGCAUGUGCAGCGGAAGGCAGAUGUCAAAUUGCAGAGCGCGCGGCUGAAGGACCUUCAGGACUUGCAGUACAUUGGAAAGAUGUUGAUUGGUUCACACUCACAACACUUUCGCAUGAUAUUUGAUACGGGCUCCUCCGAUCUUUGGGUGUCCUCUGAGAAGUUUUCUCCUUCCGUGUCGGACACAUGGCAGCUCCUCACGACGAAGCCAGUGGAGUUGAUCUACGGACAAGGAUUGGUUCAAGGAAUUCUCGGCUCCGAUGAGUCGUGCGUCCUGGCAGAGCCUGAGCCACUUUGUGUUCGACAGGAGUUGCUGGUGGCAACAACAGUGAAGGAUUUGAGCUUGGGAACUUUUGAUGGUCUCCUCGGACUGGGACUACCUGGUAUUUCACAUGCGCGUCAGGAUUUUCUGCAGUCGCUGAUGAAAGCGGGAUACGGCAACGGCCACCUUUGCUUUUCCUUCUCGCUGCGCGGUGAGGAAGCAGAAUCUUUCGCCCUCUUCGGCACUUGCUCGGAAGUGCUUCGUCAAGCGUCCGAAGAAACAGGUUUUCCACAACAAGCUGCUGCUCACCUUUGGGUUCAGCAUUUCUUUGGUAUGCAGCCGGGUUGGUGGUUGGUUUCAGCGGCGAUUUCCUCAAAUGGGACGCGUGUGUGGCAGGGACCUGACAUCCUUUCAAUCAGCUUGUGUGAAAUCAGUGCCAUGAUGCUCUUCUUCGUCCUCUACCAGCAGCGCAGACUCUUUGAUCUCCCGUGGCGGCCACGGUCGAUGGGUCGCUGUCGCAGGUGUCUUUGGCAAACUUGCCACAUCCUCUGGGAUUUCUUGCAGGGCAUCUUCCUGAUCUUUCUCUUGACCUGCGCCUUUUUGAUUCUUGUGACGGUUGCUGUCCACACAUUUCAAUCAGAGGUCACUGCGGCUCUAGACACAGGCACAUCAUUCAUUGUCAUCCCUCCAGAUGACUUCCAGCAGGUCGCAGCAGCCAUGUUUGGCGCGCGGCUCAAAGACAGCUGCGUGGUGGACAAGACCGAAUUGCUCUGUGCGUGUGGCAUCGCUGAGGAGGCAAAUCCAUUGGACAUCCGCAUGGAUGGCGUUCUCUUCCGUGAUGGACCCGUUGUGCAAAUGGGGAGCCAUCAUUUUCCAGUGCAGCGCUUUUGGAAUGGAAUGGAAGGCAUGUCGAAGUGGCUUUGCCACACAGGCGAGCGCAACUUUUUUCUGUCGAUCAGUUCAUCGCCAGACAUUCGACGCAUUCGACGUCAGGCGGUUCCCUUUUGGAUUCUGGGAGAUCCUUUCCUCAGGCUGCUGCGUUCGCUUGCAGUCACACAGCAAUGCUUGGUAGAAGUUUGGCAGCGAGACGAAUCCACGUUGCCUGUAGUCAGGCAAGCAGUGGUUGCACAUGACUUGCGUGGCAACGUGACCGUCUUCCCACGUCAGGAAGUCCCUCGAGACAAGGGAUGUGCCAUCCAACACAUUCCUUGUGAUGGAAGUCACGGGCCAGGUCUUCGGAUUUUGUUUUAUGGCGACAGUCUGACCGCGGGCGCUCCCAGCAUGAUUUCCUAUGCCGAGGAAUUCUGCAGGUCGUUGACCGCCAAAGGAUGCCACGUGGAGGGGACGCUGUGUGGCCUCUGUGCAGCCACGGCACGGCAGAUGCUGGAGAUUGCGGAGGAAGCUGUCGUGUUGGAUUCAUUGCAAAGUCGUUGGGGCUCAGGGAUUAGCUGUUUGGCGGGGAAGAGGAAGGAUAGGAAGGCAGAUCUGGUUCUAAUUAUGGCAGGGACAAAUGAUCUGCCAUGGGAAGAUGGGAAGCGGAUUUUUGAGUCAAUACAGGGCUUGCAUACAGCUUGCCAUAGUUUGGGGAUCCCAACCAUUGCCCUCGGCAUCCCGGACAGUGGCGGGCGCUCAGUGAAGAGGUAUGGAAUGCUGCCUGAAAACCGGCGCAAAGUAAAUUCUUUGCUGUCCUCCUGGGUCAAAGAAUCACAUCAAAUCAGAGACACGUCCACCUCGAGCCACACCUCGGACACAGGCAUUGAUCUCCUGGGAUUCCUGGGCACUUAUCCAAUGGGACCUGAAACCUUCGUGAAUUCCGUAGCUCUCAUGCCAUUUGGUCCACGCAGUCGAUCGGAGGGAUAUUGGGAAAGUGAUGGCACCCACUUCACAGCCAGUGGUGCGAAGACUUUGGGCCACAGACUUGCUGAACUUUUGCGACCGAUGAUUCACAGGUUCCAAGCCAAUUGUGCUGUUGCAAACACUAGUGAGCUUGCGGCUGGCGGAGAAAUUCCCUCCCUCAGUUCUUUCUUGGAAGCCUUUGAUUUGGAGGCGGACGAGGAGCAGCCAAAGGAGCCAAAGGAGCUACCUACACCUUGCCGAGAUUGGGAAUUGCCUGCCGUCCAAACCCUUCAGUCGUAUUUCAGAAGUUCCCGAGACGAAAAACAGGGCGUCCUCUGGAUUGCGAUCCUUCAGAUUGUCCUUAGACAGCUCUGCGAGUUGUCAACCUUGCUUUCUGCUGACAUCUGAAAACUUUGUGUUCACCUGUUCAUCCUGUUCAUGCUCCAAAGUGGACCCUAGACAUGAAAAUUGGUUGGCUAUGGCUGGUCCCCUGCAGAGCUAAAUGGCAAUUCCAGCAGUUCUAAGGCGAGGACGUUUUCUAAGCUGUCGUGGAUACCGCCGUUCUCCAGCGUACUUCUUCUG